AUAUAUAACCACGUUAGCUUUCGGUUCUUUAUUCAUAUACUAAUAUACAAAUCCUUUUUAAAAAGUAUAUACAUUCUAUUAAUAAGCAGACUAAAAUAGCCCAAAAUAAUAGGAAAAAGAUUAAUUUAACGAAAACGAUAUUGAAGUUCCCACAUCAAAACUAUAAGGAAUAAUAAAAAGUUCCGAUUUAAUAGUUUUCGCAGGAUCUGGAAAUAAAGAAUUAGCAAAAGAAAUAGUUUCUCAUUUAGACAUUACGUUGGGUCGAUUUUCUAUACAUAAAAAUCCUGAAACGGAAUUGUAAAUGGAACUCCUAGAUUCUGUUCGAGGAAAGCGAGUUUAUAUAAUAUAAUCAAUGUGUUAGCCUAUUCAUGAUAACAUAAUGGAACUUUUUUUGAUGUGUUCCACUUUAAAGCGUUCUGGGGCUUCUAAAGUGACUUGUAUUAUUCCAUAUUUUGCCUAUUCUAGAUAAACGUCUCAAGAAUACGGAAAAGACAGGAAAUCUUUAGCCGGUAGUGAUAUUUGUUUAAUGCUAGAAUAAAUGGGAUGUGACCAAAUUGUGACAAUAAACCACAAUUAAUAAGAAGUAAAGGGUUUUUUUUCUCCAAGGACCCCUCUUUUGAAUAUAGACGUGAAUGAAAUGGUUGUUCCAUAUUUAUUAGAAAAAUAAGUAAAGAAUCCAGUUUUAAUUUCUUCUCAUAUAAAAGCACGAAGUGUAAAAAGAAUAGUUUAAUUACAAAAAGCCUUCAAAGAAUUCGAAGUAGAGACAGGAAUUGGAUUUAUGGAAAAAUAUGUAAUGGGAACAAACGAUGAAGGAGUAUCAUUUGAAUAUAUAGGAGAUGAAGUAUAAGGGAAAGAUUGUAAAAAAAUAUAUAAAAAAAAAAAAAAUGUUAAAAAUAUUUAAAUAAGAAAAAAUAUGAGAUAAUGA